AUGACAGGUUCUAAUGGCGGCCCCCUUUGGGGUCGUCUUUGGCCUCAAUUGGCCGUGGCAUUGGUUGUUCUCUUUGUUUCAAGCAAUGUAGGUUCAGUCUCAGGAGAUGCUUAUGCUUACAGUUCACCUCCUCCACCUUAUGAAUACAAGUCUCCACCACCUCCUUCUCCUUCUCCACCACCACCUUAUAUGUACAAAUCCCCACCACCUCCAUCACCAUCUCCUCCACCUCCUUAUGAGUACAAAUCCCCUCCACCACCAUCUCCAUCUCCACCACCACCAUAUGAGUAUAAGUCGCCACCACCUCCAUCCCCAUCUCCCCCUCCACCUUAUGUCUACAAGUCACCUCCUCCACCUUCACCAUCACCACAUCCACCUUACUUAUAUAAAUCUCCACCACCACCCUCUCCAUCCCCACCACCACCGUAUGAGUACAAGUCACCUCCUCCACCUUCACCAUCCCACCUACCACCUUAUGUCUACAAGUCACCUCCUCCACCUUCACCAUCACCACCACCACCUUACGUAUAUAAAUCACCUCCACCCCCUUCACCAUCACCACCACAUCCCUACUACUAUAAGUCUCCACCACCUCCAUCACCAUCUCCUCCACCACCAUACCACUACAAGUCUCCUCCACCACCCGAACCUUCACCACCACCUCCAUACUACUACAAAUCACCACCACCUCCUUCGCCAUCUCCACCACCUCCUUACUACUACAAGUCCCCACCUCCACCCAAAAAAUCACCGCCGCCACCAUACUACUAUAAGUCACCACCUCCUCCCUCACCAUCACUACCCCCACCAUACUACUACAAGUCUCCACCACCACCUACUCAUUCACCACCUCCACCUUAUUACUACAAGUCCCCACCUCCACCCAAAAAAUCACCACCACCACCAUACUACUAUAAGUCACCACCUCCUCCCUCACCAUCACCACCCCCACCAUACUACUACAAGUCUCCACCACCACCUACUCAUUCACCACCUCCACCUUAUUACUACAAGUCACCACCACCACCCUCACCAUCUCCCCACCCUCCAUACUACUACAAGUCUCCACCUCCUCCUUCACCAUCUCCUCCACCACCAUACUAUUAUAAAUCUCCUCCACCACCUUCAAAAUCUCCUCCACCUCCUUAUUACUACAAGUCUCCACCACCUCCAACAAAGUCUCCACCACCUCCAACACCAUAUUACUACAAGUCUCCACCACCACCUUCACAUCCUUUACCUCCACCCUACUAUUACAAAUCUCCACCACCACCUAAAGCUUUACCUCCUCCAUACUACUAUAAUUCUCCCCCUCCACCUGUCCCUUACCCUCACCCCCACCACCAUGAUUUGAUCGUCAAGGUGGUAGGAAAAGUUUACUGCUACAGAUGCUAUGACUGGGAAUAUCCAAUGAAGUCACACGAUAAAAAGCAUCUAAAGGGUGCUGUCGUGGAGAUAACAUGCAAGGCAGGUACCAAGAAGGUGAAGGCCUAUGGUAAAACCAAAAUCAAUGGAAAAUACAGCAUUACUGUAAAGGACUUCGACUAUAGAAAGUAUGGAGGCAAGGCAUGCAAGGCCAAGCUUCACGCAGCACCAAAGGGCUCACCAUGCAACAUCCCAACUGAUCUACACUGGGGUAACAAGGGUGCCUCCGUCAAGGUGAAGUCCAAGACAAAGUACGAAGUUGUGCUCUCAGCUAAGCCAUUUGCUUAUGCUCCCAAGACCCCUUACGAGGAGUGUGAGAAGCCCAAGCCCAAGCCCACUCCUGCUCCUUACUAUUACAAGUCCCCUCCACCCCCACCUCCUACUUACGUAUACAAGUCACCUCCACCACCUCCACCAACCUACGUCUACAAGUCACCACCACCCCCACCUUAUAUGUAUAAGUCACCUCCACCACCUCCACCAACCUACGUAUACAAGUCACCACCACCCCCACCUUAUCUGUAUAAGUCACCUCCUCCACCACCAUACAUCUAUAAAUCACCACCACCACCAACUCAUCCUCUACCACCACCAUAUUAUUAUAAAUCACCACCACCUCCAUCAUCGUCUCCUCCACCUCCAUACUAUUAUAAAUCCCCACCACCACCAUCGCCAUCUCCUCACCCACCAUACUACUACAAAUCACCUCCACCACCAGUUCACUCUCCUUCCCCAACAUACUACUAUAAGUCUCCACCCCCACCAUCUCCAUCACCACCACCAUACUACUACAAAUCACCUCCACCACCGGUUCACUCUCCUCCCCCACCUUACUACUACAAGUCACCACCCCCACCAUCUCCAUCACCUCCUCCACCAUACUAUUACAAAUCACCUCCUCCACCAUCACCGUCUCCUCCUCCACCCUACUACUACAAAUCACCUCCGCCACCGGUUCACUCUCCACCCCCACCCUACUACUACAAGUCUCCACCCCCACCAUCACCGUCUCCUCCUCCACCCUACUACUACAAAUCACCUCCCCCACCGGUUCACUCUCCUCCCCCACCCUACUACUACAAGUCUCCACCCCCACCAUCACCGUCUCCACCACCACCCUACUACUACAAAUCACCUCCCCCACCGGUUCACUCUCCUCCCCCACCCUACUACUACAAAUCUCCACCUCCACCAUCUCCCUCUCCACCACCACCAUAUUACUACAAAUCACCUCCCCCACCAUCACCGUCUCCUCCUCCACCUUAUUACUACAAAUCACCUCCACCACCAGUUCAUUCUCCUCCCCCACCUUACUAUUACAAAUCACCACCCCCACCAUCUCCAUCACCUACUCCACCUUAUCACUACAAAUCACCCCCACCACCGGUUCACUCUCCACCCCCACCCUACUACUACAAGUCACCACCACCACCAUCACCAUCGCCACCUCCACCAUACUACUACAAAUCGCCUCCUCCACCAUCGCAAUCUCCUCCUCCACCCUACUACUACAAAUCUCCACCACCUCCAUCGCCAUCUCCUCCACCACCAUACUACUACAAGUCUCCCCCACCACCCGAUCCUUCACCACCUCCUCCAUACCACUACAAAUCUCCCCCACCUCCCUCACCAUCUCCUCCACCACACUACUACUACAAAUCCCCACCUCCUCCCUCACCAUCUCCUCCACCUCCAUACCUCUACAAAUCCCCACCACCACCAUCGUCAUCUCCUCCUCCUCCAUACCACUACAACUCCCCACCCCCACCAUCCCCAUCAUCACCACCUCCUUACCACUACAAGUCUCCCCCACCACCAUCUCCUUCCCCCUCCUCCAUACGUCUACAAGUCCCCACCUCCCCCUUCACCAUCACCACCUCCUCCCUACUACUACCAUUCACCUCCCCCACCUAUGAAAUCACCUCCACCCCCAGCUUACAUUUACGCUUCUCCACCACCACCAAUUCACUACUAGGCUCCGAAAGCUCCUCCAUAAGUCACCACAAAUCAUGUAAGUAA